AUGGAGUUGAGCAGGACACGGAGCGCCACAAAAGGAAUUGGACAGGGUGGGAUGCAAUUAACGAAUAUUUCAAAUGGCAAUUAUUUGUCCAUGUCCCAUCCCACACUUCCAUUUACUUAUGUCACGCACGCGUGUAAACAAACACAAAUACAUAAAAUUAGAUCGUACGCAUAUCUUCGAAAUUUCAUGCACGACAACAUUUCACACUUCCAUUACCUUCCCCCACUUUCCCUCUUUUAUUGUUGGUUUAAUAAUAAUAAUAUAUAUAUAUACUCUCACCCUCUUCGCUUUGCUUUUUAUUUUUGUCUUUCUUUCAAAUGCACACAAACACACUCUCUGUUUCCUUCUCGCUCUAUCGCACUCCUUCACACAAACACACAUAUGUAA